CCUGAUGACUUAAAAAACAAAACAAAAGGCUUGAAGAUAUUGAAUCGCUAAAAAACACUUGUAUCAAACACACUACACAACAUCACUAAUCAGCAGCACUAGUUGAAUCGAAGACUAUGGAGUCGGACGACAUGGACUCAUUGUUCGAAGGAAUGGUGCUAUUCGAUCCCUCUCAACCCUCACUCCCACCUUCAUCAACUCAACAAUCUACUCCUAUCGAUAACAGUUCUUAUGAUUCCAAACACCACCAGAAUCAUCAACCGGAGCCGACGGAUCCUCCGGCGCCGGAGUUGGCUUCUCAGCCUCUCGAUGAGAAUUUAUUCUCCGAUCUCACUCUGGUUACUCCGCAGAUUCAGCAAACCCUAGCGGAACCUUCGCCGAUUGUGGCCACUGCGCCGAUUAUUACUAAGUCGAUUACUCGACAAGUUUCGAAUACGAGGAAGAAGAAGCGAGCUGCUGGAUUGCGGAUCGGUUACAAGAAGGAUGAUCUUGACUCGGUGGUUGACUCGGUUGUCACGGCUCGGAGUUCUUCGGUGCCGGAGGAGGAAAUUAGGAUUAGUGAAGUUGAGAAUCGUGAUCGGGAAGUAGAGGCGAUAGCGAGAACGGUUGUUGAUAGUAAUAUGGUUCAAGAUAUGGGGGAGAAGCCUGAUGUUGAUAAUGAUUUGGUUCGAGACGUAGGCGAGAAGCCUGAUGUUGACAAUGGUUUGGUUCGAGACGGAGGGGAGAAGCCUGAUGUUGAUACAAUUGGAGAAGAGGAGGAUAGGAAGAGUGAGGAUUGUUCAAUUGAGCGGAGAUUCGAGAAAAUUAGGAGUGAGAUUAUGGAGAAUUUGAAGCGUGCGAGGGAACGUGUUGAUUCUGUAUCGCAAAUGAGGAAGGAAUGUAUUAGGAGGCGGCGAAAAGCUGCUGAGGAUUUGAGUAUGGCCUCUACGAAGUAUAGGGAAUUGGAGAGGCAGUUGGAAGAAGCUUGUGAGGCUGAGGAUUUCGAGAUGGCUGAUAGGCUUAGUGAUAGUCUUGCUUCUGCAGAUUCUGAAAAGGAAAUGUUGGCGGUUGCAUUAAGGGAUGCUGAUGCAGAGUGUGAUGCAGUUGAUGUUAAGAUGCAGGGAGUUCUUGAUCUUCAGAUCGCAGCUGAGGAGGAAUGUGUUUCUUUGCUGCAAAGGUUCUCUAUGGAUGCUGCAAAAGAUGCCGAUUUGGUCCUAAGGAAUGCAGAGCUUAUGUCUUCAAAAGAAAUAAACCAAUGGGAUUCAUCAGUUGAACUGGCAGAAGUCAAAAGGAUGGAACUGGAUGCUGAAUCAUUUAUUGUGAAUGAGGCAAGACUGGCAUUAAAUGAAUCUGUUGAUCAUUUAGUUGAGGAUGAGAAGAGAGAGUUAGAAAUUCUUCAUAGAGAAAAAGAAGUGUUGACAGAUGAAUUGGAAAGACUACUUGCUUUAGUGAAACAAAAAGAAUCAGAAAUAAAAGAAAAUGAGUCUAGCAUUGAAAAAGUUGAAAAAAGGAUUACCAAUGCAGUCUCUAGCUUUCAGGAGGCUCAGUCAAGCAUCAACGCAAAAUAUAACAAUUUGCUGUCGGAGUUGUCACAGAUGGAGUUGCAGAAUGAAUCAUUAUCUAGAAAAAAGGAAGAGGUUGAUGAAUGCUUCUCUCAGGAACAAGGCAGGGCAGCGAAGAUUCAAAACCUUGCCAAGACCUCUGCUGAUGAAGCAAACAUGUACCAAGAAGUUGCUGUGUUGCGGAAAAAAUUGAUACAAUUCAUUUUGAGAACUAGGGAACAUAAACUGAUGCUUGCCAAGACAGGGGACAAACUUACUGAAGAUGUGCAAAUGCUUAAACAAGAUAUAUCAAAUGGGAGAGCUUCUCUACAGGAGUUAUCUACAACAAAAACAAGCAUCCAGCAGGAAAUUGAAUCCUUUAAGCAGAGGCUUCUGUUCAUAGACAAAAGAAUUCCAGAACUUGAAGCAGAAAAGAAAGUUGCUGCUAGUGUAAGAAAUUUUAAGGAAGCAGCACGGCUAGCUGCUGAGGUUAAGGCACUUUGUGUUGAAAAGGAAGGUAUACAAACAAAAAUGGAGGGGGCAUUGUCAGAGCUUGGGAAGUUCGAGGGAGAGAUUUUAGACACUGUUAACAGAUUGCAGGAUACUGAAGCUCAUCUUUUGUCCAAGGAAAAAGAACUGGCAAUGACUAGAUUUCAGAUUCUACUGCUCAUAGCAGGUGCUGCCACUUCCGAGAAGUCAGCCGCAUUGCAGUUAGGUGAUGUUGAAGAGGGUGAAAUCCUACUCGGGGAAGCUGAAGUUGCUGAAUCUGAAGCAAGAAAACUUCAGUCAACUUACAAUUUCAAGGAAGCUGAGUUUGAUGAUCUUCCAAAACACUUUAUAUCCAUGGAACUCGUUUCCAAUCUUGAGGGGAAAAAGCUAGUCGAGUUAGCAGCAACUGCGCACAUUCCGGCACCUUGAUCAGUAUAUAAACAGAGAUAUUGAGCACAGUUGAAUCUUUAUAUUACUUCCUUUUUUUUGUCGAUCGUGCAAUUGAUUUUUUUGAUACUAAAGAAUCAUGUAGGGGUUUUUUUUGUGACAAUAUUAAUUUAUUUAAAAUUA